AUGGGGUCAGAGCUUCAAAUAGUCGACACUCCCUCCCAGGACAAGGAGAACGUUUUCGAUGGUAUGGAUAAUGCUGUCACUCAAAUAAGAGAGCAAUGUGAAUUUUAUUUCUCCGAUGCUAACAUACUGAAAGAUCAGUUCAUGCUGAAUCAAGUUAAAUCUUCCACUGACGGUUGGGUGAAGCUGGGGAUAAUCGAGAAAUUCAAAAAGGUUCAGCGUCUCACCCAGGAUCACUCCGUUGUUGUGCACGCUCUUUCCAUGUCCAGCAAGCUUGAAUUAUCCGAAGACGGUCUAAGCGUACGACGCCGUGACCCGCUCCCAAGUUGGGACCCCUCUGUCUACCAUCGUACCAUCAUACUCACUGACCUCCCUGAAGAUGUCGAGCUGAACCACGCAAAGGUUACCGAAUUAUUCACGCUUUUUGCCACUGAUAUCGGGUGGUAUCAACAAGGUAAUUUGGAAAUGGGCAGUGCAGCGGAGACUUUUGUGGUGGAAAACAUCCAGCAACAUCAGCUGCGGUGGCUGGACCAUGUGCUACGCAUGCCGGAACAUCGUCUGUCGAGAUUGGUGUUGUCCUCCGUGGCCUCUUAA